ACGAGGGCCCCUGGUAUCAUCCACCCCACCCACAGGCGCGUCUCAUCCCAGCGUGGCAUACGACUGUAUCACUCUUGUUGCGCACAAGCAGUACCAUCUCUCACCCUCCCUCUCACAUGUCCGACCGCAACCGCUCGCGUCAUAUACGCAAUCAACGCGCUCGGCGCAAGCUCAAGUCGGGGGACUAUCCUGUCCUUCCUGCCGGCACCGUCGUGAUGGCGCGCAUGCGAGGACACCAGGAAUGGCCUGGGAUGGUCGUAGAUACGGAUACUCUCCCCGACAGCGUCCUCGUGAAUCACCCUGGCGCGAACAAGAUCGCGUUCCCCGUGCGGUAUUUUCCUCGAGGCGAGCACGGCUGGAUCUUUCCACCAGACCUGCGCGUGCUCCCUAGAACGGAGAUCAGGGCGUUCCUCAAGGGCGUCAAGGACGGCACACGGCGGCCGGUGAAGCUGCUCCUCCAGGCAUACGAAGCAGCGGAUGAUCCGAAGGAGUGGUUGCGCAGGAUCGAAGUGCUGCUCUCAUACCUACCCACCGACGAGGAGGGCGGUGGCAUCGCCCAAUCGCCGACAACAGCUCAGCAGAGUGCGAAGAACAAGGGCAGGGGAAACGCGGAGUCUGCGUCUGCCCCGGUCGCAUCGUCUUCGAAGAGAUCCGCGACGCCGCGGCCAACGCUGUCCGCGCGCCCGAAACCAGUGAUCAGGCCGACCGCGAAGCGAGGGAUGACGUCGACCCCCGUACCUAGUCUCAAACCAACUCUCAAACCGCCUCGAAGGCCGUCACAAGCUGCAUCGGGUUCCAGACCGAAGAAGCCACGCAAACCGCCCGCGGAAGUCCUCAUCGAAUCGAAUGCUAAUGCUGAGGUUCCGACUGUCAGCGCAAAGGACGACGAGCCGGCAGGAGAUGUUGACCCAGACAACGCCAACGAUGCGGAAACCAAGGAGGGGCUCACAGCGACCACAAGUCUCCCACCGGACGUUCCGUUCCCCACGACCAAAACAGCGACAUACCUGUCCCUCGCCCAGCUCACCCAAGCAGUACUUGCCUUCGACCAACUGGCCGCCGAGCUCGUCGUACUGAAGGAACAGCACCGGGCUGCCUGCUCUGCGCAUGACCUCGGCCAGCUUCGCCGCGAAGCACUGGAGGCAUCCGUGGUAGCGGCCACCGAGGUCCGCACUCAGCGCGAGGCGAAGGAGAAAGUGGUCAGAGGUCGGGCGGAAGGGCGCGAGGCUGAGCUGGAAGAGAAGGAUCAGCGGAUCCGCGCGGCGCAGGAGAGGAUCGAGGUCGGAAAGAAGAGGAGAGCACAGCUGGAGGUGGAGAACCAAGAGAUGCGGACGGCAUUCGAGGGAUUGCAAAAUGCUGGGAGCAAGCGUCAAAAAGUAGAGUGAAUAUGUGUGCUCGUCUUUACGCGUUCUUGUGCAGAUUUGGGUUAUACGAAGCCAAAAGGAAACGACUGUGAGACAGGGGAGGUGGAAUGAGAGUAAAUAGAGCCUGACGAGAAGGGAACAAAAAAUUC